AUGACCCUCGGUGCUUUUGUGGGAUCAUGCUCUGCCGGACCCAUUGCCACUUACGUUGGCCGAAAGACAAGCCUAUACAUCGCUGUUCUGCUGAUCUAUAUUGCCAACAUAGUCAUGAUGGCAACCGAUACUAUUGGUGGUCUCUAUGCGGGGCGUCUGAUUAUUGGACUAGGAAAUGGGUUCUUGAUGACCUUUUCGCAGUUAUACCUCCAGGAAUGCUCUCCAGCACGAUACAGAGCUCUCGUGAUUGGCGGAUUUCAAUUUUGGACUUCAUUCGGCUCCCUUCUCGGCUCUAUCAUCGACAACGCUACGGCUAAAAUCGACGGCAAGAACAGUUAUAUAAUCCCUCUUGGUAUUGUAUUUAUCAUCCCGGCAGUUCUGGCCAUUGGAAUGCUCUUUAUUCCAGAGUCACCACGUUGGUUGCUUCAGCAUAAGAGAGCUGACGAGGCCCGCAAGGCUUUGGCUUGGCUAAGGCCCGAUGAAGACUCUGUUAACGAGGAAAUGGAUGAAAUUUCAAGUGCUAUUGAGCUGGAGCAGGAUAUGGCUAGUACCACUUCUGUGUGGGACAUGUUCACCAAUCCCGUUGAUCGUCGUCGGACCAUCCUGUCUGUCGCUGCAGUGAGCACGCAAGCAGCAUCUGGAGCCAUGUACAUGAUUGCUUAUGGAACCUAUUUCUUCGAGAUGGCCAAUGUGGGUAGCGCCUUUGAGAACACCUGCAUUGUUAGCGCUAUGAGUGUUAUAGCUAUCUUGAUAAACAAUGUCGUUGUCACCCGAAUUGGUCGCCGGCGGGUGUUCCUAGUUGUUGGUCUGACUGUUUUCAAUCCCGGGACCCAAAAAACAGGCAAGGGGAUAGUUGGAUUGUCUAUUAUCUUUGUUAUUUGCUACACGGGAAUGGUGGCACCAUAUGCCUGGGUAUCAGGCGGCGAGCUACCAUCCCAGCGGCUAAGAUCCUACACAUUUGGGCUCUCAGCAGCGAUUGGCUUCUUGGGUGCGUGGCUUACUACCUUCACGGCACCUUACUUUAUCAAUCCCGAUUCACUGGGCUGGGGACCAAAAUAUGGGUACAUAUGGUUCCCGUCCGGGCUUCUGGCAGCGGUUUACAUCUAUUUCUUCCUGCCUGAAGUGAAAGGUCGUACACUGGAAGAGAUUGACGAAAUGUUUGAGCAACAGCUGCCAGCACGGAAGUUCCGUGGCUAUAAAUGCGUUGGCACGGUCGCCCUCGAAGCAGAACUCAAAAAUUCGGGACAUGUGAGCGAGAAUAUGGAUAUAAGGACCUCUAUUGAUUCGAAGGGGCCAACUACUGAAUUCAUUGAGAGGAGUGAAUAA